UGCCGCUGCGAAGGCCGAGUCCCACCCCCAAAUCGCAGCACGCCGAGCGCUCACAUGGACGCCGCGGCGGCGGCCUCCUCCUCCUCCUCCUCCUCGACUUCGGCGGCGGCGGUGGCGGUGGCGCCCGCGGGCGCGUCCUCGUCGGGCUCGCCUGCUGCUUCUUCUUCUCGGAACCCUCACCGGCAGCGGAAGGGGUUCCGGCUCCGGAUGCUGCGGCGACGGCGCGGGCGAGAGCCUCCGGAGCCCGAGCGCGCGGCGGGCGAUCGGGGCGGCGCCGUGCAGGAGGAUCUCGCGCUGCCUCUCGGGAUGUCUUUCGCCGCCGUCCUCGCGCAGGUUAUAAACACAAAGAAUAUUUCAGGACAAACAUUACAUCCUGAUUUCCUGUCCAAGAUAUGCACAUCAGCAGUCAAGGAAUCUCUGACGAAUAUAUAUGGUGACAGUUCCAACAGUUUCAUGAGAAAUUUCGAAAAAUCUUUCAGCAGCACAUUUAGGACGCUUCAUCUUGUGAAUGAAAUACCUGUCAAUGAGAAAAGUCAUAUUCCUGAAUGUUCCUAUAAACAUGACGAUUCUGUGGCUGUGGACAGUUUGAGCUCAUCUGACUCACAAAACCUGACAAACGAGAUAGAGCAGGACCUUGUAAACACAGUGCAAAGUCAACUUGUUCUCUUUGCCAGUGACAAUCAGCAGUUAACUCAUCUUCGGCGUAGCAGAUCCUCUCCUGAAUCUCAUAAACGGCUUAUUAAUGCCAUUGAGAAAUCUGCAAACGAGCAAGCUCACUCGAAUGAACUCAAGAAAAUUGAGAUAGGGCUUACCAUUAGAAACUUGCAACUCAAACAGUCAAAGUUAGCUCUUAGCUCCUAUUCACACAUGUUAGAGAAGAUUAAGUUAUCUUUCGGAUUUCAGAAAGCUUCCUUCCAAGGAGAGAAAUUCAAGACUCAGAUGCAGGAGACAAGAGAUGCACAAAUUCUUAGGACACUUAUCGAUUUUCUUGUGAGUGCAGUGAUAGUUAUGUCAGUAUGCUUUGGAUAUGGAACUUAUGUUUAUUCAUACCAAAGGAUAACAGACAUUACAUCAGCUUGUUCUGCCACAUCAAAGGGACCUAAGUCAUGGUGGAUGCCAAAUUCAGUGUCAAACUUCAGUUCUGGGUUCCUUUUUAUCAGAUGUCAUGUAAUUGCCGUAACACGAUUGUGCUUUGGCAUAUUGAUGAUCCUGGCAAUUUCUAGGUUAGCACUUCAGCGUUCUGCAACUACUGGUUCAAGUAUGCCUAUAACAUUCAAUCUCAUCUUGUUGGGAAUUAUCUGUGGCUUUGCUGGAAGGUUUUGUACCAAUACACUAGGUGGCGAUGGAAACACUUGGCUCAUGUACUGGGAGGUUCUUUGUUCCAUCCACUUACUAGGAAACCUUUUCCCAUCUCUUAUAUACCAGGUUCUUCAUGGACCUAUUUCUGUAUCUCACAGAGAGCAAGAAGUUGUCUGGUUACCAUACUGGGUUCGCCGGUGCUUGUUUUAUGGUGCGGUGGGGCUUAUUAUUCCAGCCUUGACUGGCUUACUCCCGUUUGCCUCUCUUUCUGACUGGAAGGAUCAUUUUGUGGAAGAGAUAAAAUCCUUUGUUAUUGGUGACGAGAUUGAAGCCUGAAAUUCUUGGAUGCAAUUGGCACGAUCCUUGUCCUGUUUGUAUCGGCCAGGUUUCUGAACCUUCCAGACUUUUGAAGAAUUGAAGUAAGUUUUGUUGGAGAUUAGCCGCAGAGUUUAGCUUGGUGUUGUAUCUGUAUGAACUCCGAAGGAGAUUAUGCAUGCUUCUGGUUGUUGUGGUCUUUGCAGAGAGCAAGUCAAUGCCUAAGUUGGUUGCAGGUAGACUGACCUGUUAGCUGCCAAUUUGUUGUAGCUUUUGCUUUAAACUUCUUUGGUCUUUUAUUCUUUGUUUAUUGUAAAUACUAUUAUC